AAUAAGCGGAACGCAACUUUAUUUGGGGCAUGAAGUCAAGAUAAUAAAUUAAAAGUCUCUUUAACUUUAUAAAAUUUGCCUAAAACUAGUCUAUAAAUUUGUUGCAAUCUAUUAAUUUCAUAUUAAUAAAUAGUUUUGUGACAAUUGUAAUAUAUUACUUACUUAGAUUUUUUAUAGUAAUAAAAAUUAGGAAUUGUGAACGCAUCGCAAUAUUGACAUGUUUGUGAUGAGGUGUGAUAUCGUGAAAUCUCCGUCUCGCAGAUAUGGUUUUCAUAUAAAUUUUUCGAUUCGUUAAAGUUUUGUGAUGUUGCGUACGGACUGUUAUUUAGCGGAUAUAUAACCCUACUAAUAAAAUACAACAGUUUCUACGAAAAGCUAUCAUAAAUGAAUGUAAAACCACGCAGCUAAGUCGAUUCCAAUAGGAACCAAUGGAGUGAUUCCCUGAUAGAAUAAUGAUGCAAACUAAUCUCAAAACUAAAGAAAUGUUUAUAGUCAGAGCUUUAGAGAAGAUAUUGGCCGAUAAGGAUAUUAAAAGGUCCUAUCACAGUCAACUGAAGAAGUCCUGUGAAGUAGCCCUUGAGGAAAUCAAAGCCGAGCUAAAGAAUGGUGGACAGCCAGAAUCAUCAGAGAGUCCAACAUCGGGAACACUCCCACUUCCUAAAAAUGAUUCAUCAAACAUCAUCACAGCUGAAAAAUACUUCCUGCCUUUCGAACUGGCUUGCCAGAGCAAAGCAUCCAGGAUAGUAGUGACAGCACUCGACUGCCUGCAAAAAUUAAUUGCAUAUGGUCAUCUCACAGGGAACAUUCCAGAUUCCACCACUCCACGAAAACUUCUGAUAGAUCGCAUUGUCGAAACUAUUUGUAGCUGCUUCACCGGCCCACAGACCGAUGAAGGAGUACAACUACAAAUUAUCAAAGCACUACUAACUGUAAUCACGAGUCAGCAUGUUGAAGUGCACGAAGGAACUGUCCUCCUUGCAGUUAGAACUUGUUACAAUAUUUAUUUAGCCAGUAAGAAUUUAAUUAACCAAACAACAGCUAGAGCUACUCUCACCCAAAUGCUUAACGUCAUUUUCACUAAAAUGGAGAAUCAGGCAUUAGAAUCAGAUGCACACUCAACAGAUACACAACUUAAAAUGCCCAAUGGAAAUGUGGUCAAUGAUGAGUCACAUGUUAAUCAUGCAGUUGAAGAUGACAAAGAAACAACAGUUAUACCACAAGAUGAACAAGUUAACGAUAUAAUAGAAGCUAAAAUUAUUGCUAAGCAAAUUGUUGAUUCAGUCAUAGAUAAUGCUAUUUCUAUUGCCUCUAAGAAAUGUUCAGAAGAUUCAAGUGAACAUGCAACAGAAAACAAUGAGAAUAUUUCUGAGUCUUUAGACAAUGGAAGCGUUUCUCUAGAUAGUAAUGGUCAAGUCAGUACAGAAGCCACAAUCACAAGGAUUCCCUCUCAAGAAAGUGUUGAUGUUGCAUCAGAAAAUGACAAUUCAGUGACAGCAAAAUUCACUCAUGUUCUCCAAAAAGAUGCAUUCCUUGUCUUCAGAGCCUUAUGCAAGCUCUCUAUGAAGCCCCUGCCUGAAGGCACCCCUGACCCAAAAUCUCACGAAUUGAGAUCAAAAAUCCUAUCUUUGCAUUUACUUCUAUCUAUUUUGCAAAAUGCAGGACCUGUCUUUAGGAACAAUGAGAUGUUUAUCACUGCAAUAAAGCAGUACCUUUGUGUAGCUUUGUCCAAAAAUGGAGUCAGUUCUGUACCAGAAGUAUUCGAACUGUCUUUAGCCAUCUUCUUGGCACUACUUCAGAACUUCAAAGUUCACCUCAAGAAGCAGAUCGAGGUCUUUUUCAAAGAAAUCUUUAUGAAUAUUCUGGAAACAUCAAGUUCUUCAUUUGAACACAAAUGGAUGGUGAUUCAAGCCCUAACUAGGAUUUGUGGUGACGCGCAAAGCGUAGUCGAUAUUUAUGUUAACUACGACUGCGAUUUAUCAGCCGCUAAUCUUUUCCAACGGCUCGUUAAUGAUGUUUCUAAAAUCGCUCAAGGCAGGCAAGCCUUGGAACUCGGUGCAACGCCCAAUCAGGAGAAGUCUAUGCGCAUUAGAGGUCUUGAAUGUCUAGUUUCUAUAUUGAAAUGUAUGGUAGAAUGGAGUAAGGAACUUUACAUCAAUCCAAACCUGCAAACAACUUUGGGUGAAAGAACGACUAAAGAAGACACUGAUCAUCAUAGUAUGAAAUCCCAUGGAGGGUCUAGUCUGAGUUUGGUUUCCACUGGGUCUAGCAAUAUUGGCAAUAGAGAAACGUUAGAUUCACCUGAACAAUUUGAAGUGCUGAAGCAACAGAAAGAAGUUUGGGAAACUGGCAUUGAUCUUUUCAACAGAAAACCUAAAAAAGGUGUCGCAUUUCUUCAAGAACAGAGUUUGUUAGGUACUUCAACUAAAGAAAUUGCUGAAUGGUUGUUAACAGAUGAGAGACUCGACAAGACUUUUAUAGGGGAGUAUUUAGGUGAAAAUGACGAUCAUUCCAAAGAAGUUAUGUAUGCGUAUGUAGAUUCGAUGAAUUUCUCCAACAUGGAUAUUGUGGCGGCUCUACGAUACUUCUUAGAGGGCUUCAGAUUGCCUGGCGAAGCUCAAAAGAUUGACAGACUGAUGGAAAAAUUCGCUUCGCGUUACUGCGAAUGCAAUCCUAAUAACACGCUAUUCAUGAGCGCGGAUACAGUUUAUGUUCUGGCCUUCUCAAUAAUAAUGUUAACGACUGAUUUGCAUUCGCCGCAAGUAAAAAACAAAAUGACAAAAGAACAAUAUAUAAAGCUGAAUAGCGGCAUAAGCGACAAUAAUGACUUGCCGCGCGAGUAUUUGUCUCAGAUUUAUGACGAAAUCGCCGGCCAUGAGAUCAAAAUGAAGAACGUAUCUAAGCCCGGAAAACACAUGAUUGCGAAUGAAAAGAAAAGGAAACUUAUAUGGAAUAUGGAGAUGGAGCAGAUCUCUACAGCGGCUAAAAAUCUUAUGGAGUCUGUAUCGCACGUCCAAACGCCUUUUACGACCGCAAAACACGUGGAACAUGUGCGGCCAAUGUUUAAAAUGGCUUGGACUCCGUUCCUCGCUGCAUUUUCAGUGGGGCUACAGGACUGUGAUGAUCCUGAGAUAGCUUCUUUGUGUCUCGACGGCAUCCGAUGUGCGAUCAGGAUAGCCUGCAUAUUCCAUAUGUCAUUAGAAAGGGACGCGUAUGUCCAAGCUUUAGCGCGGUUCACACUUCUGACUGCUAACUCGCCGAUCACAGAAAUGAAGGCUAAGAACAUUGACACGAUAAAAACGUUAAUAACGGUUGCGCAUACUGACGGAAACUAUUUAGGCUCGAGUUGGUUGGACGUCGUGAAAUGCAUUUCACAACUAGAAUUGGCGCAACUCAUAGGAACAGGCGUACGGCCCCAGUUUUUGUCAGGGUCAGGAAUAAAACCACAACCUGAUGCUCUGAAGUUUAGCUUGAUGGCUCUAGACCCCAGUGUUAAGGAACACAUCGGAGAAACCAGUUCCCAAAGUGUUGUAGUGGCUGUGGACAGAAUAUUUACUGGGUCUACGAGACUCGACGGUGACGCCAUAGUAGACUUCGUUAAAGCAUUGUGUCAAGUCUCACUGGACGAAUUGAGCCAUCCCACCAAUCCUCGAAUGUUUUCUUUACAGAAAAUUGUCGAGAUUUCCUACUACAACAUGGGACGUAUUAGGUUGCAAUGGUCCCGUAUAUGGCAAGUUCUUGGAGACCACUUCAAUAAAGUCGGGUGUAGUGGCAACGAAGAUAUAUCGUUCUUUGCUGUCGAUUCUCUUAGACAGUUGUCGAUGAAAUUUAUAGAAAAGGGAGAAUUCGCCAACUUUAAAUUCCAAAAAGACUUUUUGCGACCUUUCGAACACAUAAUGAAGAAGAACAGUUCCCCGACGAUCAGAGACAUGGUAGUGCGCUGUAUUGCGCAGAUGGUGAAUUCACAAGCGCCGAAUAUAAAAUCCGGUUGGAAGAAUAUAUUUUCCGUUUUCCAUUUGGCGGCCAGCGAUCAAGACGAAGCAAUUGUUGACUUGGCAUUCCAGACGACAGGCAAGAUUAUAACGGAACUGUACGAGAAGCAGUUCCCAGCCAUGAUCGAUUCAUUCCAAGACGCAGUGAAGUGUUUGUCGGAAUUCGCGUGCAAUGCUAAGUUCCCUGAUACCUCGAUGGAAGCUAUAAGACUCGUACGAUCGUGUGCGUCUGCUGUUGGCGCGUCGCCGCAUUUGUUUGCAGAACACGCCGGAUUAGAAGGCGAACAGGGAGCCCCUGAAGAAGACAGGGUUUGGCUUAGAGGAUGGUUUCCCUUACUAUUCUCGCUGUCAUGUGUAGUCAGCCGGUGCAAGCUCGAUGUUCGUACGCGAGGUCUCACAGUUCUAUUUGAGAUUAUAAAAACUCAUGGUGACUCAUUCCGUCCGCAUUGGUGGAGAGAUUUAUUCAAUAUCCUAUUCAGGAUCUUUGACAAUAUGAAAUUACCUGAACAUCAAUUGGAGAAGAACGAAUGGAUGACCACUACGUGCAAUCACGCUUUGUACGCAAUCGUCGACGUAUUCACCCAAUACUUUGAUAUUCUUGGGACACUACUUUUAGAGCAGUUGUAUGCACAAUUACACUGGUGCGUGCAACAAGAUAAUGAACAACUAGCCAGAUCAGGAACCAACUGUUUGGAGAAUCUAGUCAUUUCGAACGGAACCAAAUUCAAUGAGGAUACGUGGAGUAACACGUGUCAAAUAAUGUUGGAUAUCUUCAACAGCACUUUACCAACUACCCUCUUAACAUGGAAACCGGAGGAAAGCGAUGAGGGAGAAGCUCCUCGACAUGGGAUACUAAAGAAGUCACAAGGGAGCGACGAGUUGAAAUCUUCAAACAGGAUUUUCAACAGCCUGUUAAUAAAAUGCGUAGUCCAACUCGAAUUGAUUCAAACAAUAGACAAUAUAGUUUUCUAUCCGGCGACUUCUAGAAAAGAAGACGCAGAAACUCUGGCAUUAGCCGCUGCGGAAUUGACAGGUUCGUCCCCUGGCGCCGAACAGGAAUGUCAACGAGAAGAACAAGGGAUGUACAGAUUACUUAGUUCGCCGCAUUUGCUACGACUCGUCGAAUGUCUUAUGUGCAGUCAUCGAUUCGCUAAAACUUUUAACACGAACAACGCGCAAAGGAACGUGCUUUGGAAGGCUAACUUCAAGGGGUCCGUGAAACCGAACAUGUUGAAGCAAGAGACGCAGUCCCUAGCUUGCGUUCUGCGGAUACUGUUCAAGAUGUACAGUGACGAGGCCAGGAGAGACCACUGGCCGGCCGUGCAGAAGAGUCUGAUCAGUAUUUGCUGCGAAGCGCUGGAGUACUUCGCGAGUGUGACGAACGAAGCGCACAGAGAUGCUUGGACGUCGAUCCUGUUGCUGAUCCUAACGAGAAUACUGAAGAUGCCCGACGAAAGAUUUGCGGCGCACGUUUCCAGUUACUACCCUCUCCUCUGCGAGAUCACGUGUUUCGACCUCAAGCCCGAGCUUCGUUCCGUUCUCCGCCGCGUCUUCAUACGCAUCGGACCUGUUUUCAACAUCGUCACGAACGCGCAGUAAGCGCUUCUAAAGUUUUGUCACACUAGUGAAUAAGUUUUAGGAAUUUCGAAUGUUUUUUUAUUUAUUAGAAGUGUAGUGCGGAACUGCGAAUAUCUCACACCCAAUGGCGCAAGAUAUCAUUGGAUGUUUUAUUAAGCGCAUUAGUUGUUGUGGUAGGGCUCGUGUAUAAAAAAAAAUCCUCUUUAGUGUUUUUAACUUGGAAACUGUAUUGUAUUUGAUUUAAUUUACUUAAUUCUUAUGCAAUCGACAAUAAUCUCUAUAACAGUAUUACCAAUAUACCAACCCUAUUUUAAAAGUCAACUACGUAGUUUUGGUGGUGGAAAAUAAGUACCUAAUUUAGAGAAGAGUUCAUUCAGAUUCUGAUAUUUAUAUAGAUGUUUUAAAAUUGUUUCAUUGUUGACUUGGUAUUCGCUAGUGUGAUAAAGCUAAACAUAGCGCUCUCCUGUAGUAAAUUUUCUGUUACAUACGUCAAUGUUUUGUUCAUGCGGAUGUCAUGUCUCGUGAGCCCAGACUUUACUACCGGUGGGCCCUAACAAAAAUAUGGCCUUAUAGUACUGUAGGUAAACUGACUUCGUUGUAACGUUAAAUAAAAAUACAUUUCGUUGAUUCCUUAAAUUUUAAUGUAAUAUUGACAGCAAUCAGUACUUCAGUAGUAUUAAAAGUGAUCUAUUAUAAAUAGGGUAGUUCGUCGUAAUUUAUAUAAAUUAUUAUUUUAUUAUCAUUGGUUAAAAAUUAUAAUUGUAUUAUAAUAAAAAACAUAGAAGUUGUAUCUAUAAAUUUAUAGUUUAUACUGUAUAUUUGAAGUUUUUACUGUUUGGCUUCGUUUAUUGACACGCGGGCGUUGUGUAGAGCGUUAGCGUUUGUUGAUUCACUCAAAGAUGGCGCUUAUUACACUCAAGAACUCGCGUAUGAAUAUUCCAAUGAAAGAGGAAUUACAAUGUUCAUGUAACGCUCCGCGCCACGCGCCGCUACAAGCUGCGACCCGAACUCACUCGCCUGUUCUCUUGUUUUCUAGCUAGACUGAUCAGACUGUGAUUGCAAUGUUUUCAUUUCCACAGCUUUCCGUGUUAUCCUUUCAAGAGUGACUUCAGAACUCGCACUAUAUUAUUACAUUAUCCUUAAAUAAAGAUUAUAAAUGCGAAA